AUGGGCGCGGAAGACCCCGUCAUCACUUACGAUGGCAAGGAGUUCAAGGGCGUGAAGGAGGGCAAAGCCACCAUCUUGGUCCCUGUUGAGGCCGCGGGAAAGCAAGGGAAGCAGCAGGUUUUCUACAACCCGAUUCAGCAAUUCAACCGCGACCUUUCGGUUUUGGCCAUCAGGGCUUAUGGCGAGGAAGUGGUUGAGCGUCGCGCGGCGCAGCCGGCUUCCAAGCGCAAGGAGAAGAAGAGGCGGCGCGCCGCGGGAGACGACGGCGGUGACAGGCCGGCCAAGGUUCAGGUAACGGACGACGGCAAGCCGGCGGAGACAACGAACGGCGAAGCGCAGAGUGCGCAAAUAGAAAGCGGCGCUGCUAACGAUGCUAAGGCCGAGAAUGAGGAGGUCGCACCCCCGGCUGCCGCUACCGAGCCUCAGGACGCCGAAGACAAGUCCGCUCCCGAGAAGAAGGCCCCCAAGUUCACCAUCCUCGAUGCCCUGUCAGCCUCUGGACUGCGUGCGCUGCGCUACUCGCAUGAGUUGCCGUUCGUGACGUCUGUCACGGCCAACGACUUGACAAAGUCCGCUGUUGAGUCGAUCAAGCUGAAUGCGAAGCACAACGGGCUGGAAGACAAGAUCCAGGCGAACCACGACGAUGCCAUCGCCCACAUGUACAGGCGCAUCGCCGACGACCUCUCGAAGCGCGACCGCUUCGGCAACCCCAGCAAGGAGAACAAGUACGAUGUCAUCGAUCUCGACCCUUACGGAACUGCUGCCCCGUUCAUCGACGCUGCCGUGCAGGCAGUCAGGGACGACGGCGGUCUGCUCUGCGUCACCUGCACCGAUGCCAGCCACUGGGCCGGCCACUGCUAUGCUGAGAAGAGCUUCUCGCUGUACGGCGGUGUCCCCAUCAAGGGUCUUCACUCUCACGAAGUUGGUCUGCGCAUCAUCAUUCACGCGUUGACGACCGCGGCGGCCAAGUACGGUCUGACCAUCGAGCCCCAGCUGUCGCUGUCCAUCGACUUUUACUGCCGCAUCUUCGUCAAGGUCCGCAAGUCCAAGGACGCGGUCAACUACCAGGGAGGCAAGACGAUGAUUGUGUACAACUGCCCUGGCUGCUCGGCAUGGGAGACGCAGCCCAUGGUGCGGACUCGCCCGUACCCAAAGAAGAAGGAUGGAUACUUUUACAAGCAUGGCCUGUCUCAAGGUCCUCCGACGGACUCACACUGCCAGCACUGCGGCUCGGCGCAGCACAUUGCCGGACCGAUGUACGGCGGCCCGUUGCACAAUUCGGAAUUCAUUGAGCGCAUUCUCGAUCUCAUUCCCACGGUCGACAAGAGUGUUUACCAGACGACCACGAGAAUAGAGGGCAUGCUUCAGACGGCUCUCGAGGAGUACAUCCCUGGCCCGGAGCCCGUGGAAGCGGUUGAUCCCAAGGACAAGGAGCUCGCGAGGAUCGACCACUACCCCUUCUUUGUCAUGCCCAGCAAGUUGGCUGGCACGCUCCAUACACAGCAGCCUCCGGAUGAUGUCUUUAGGGGCGCACUCAGACAUCUCGGUUACCGUGUCACGCGCAGCCAUUGCCGGCCUGGCAGCGUCAAGACGGACGCGCCGUGGGAGGCUAUCUGGUUCAUCAUGCGGGAGUGGGUUCGCCAGAAGGCCCCCGUCCGCACCGACAAGAUCAACCCGCAGAUGCCGGCAUAUACGUUGCUGGGCCUGAACAAGGCCGAGAAGAACGGCGAUGCCAAGUCGGCCGACGAGAUCAAGGAAACUGAAGAAGCCAACCCGACUGAGGCCAAGAAGGCAGGGGUGACCGAGGAAGGGGACAGGAAGGACGUCGAGAUGCAGGACAGCACGGAGGAAACGGCGAAGGCGGCCGAGAAGGGCGAGGAGAAGGCGGCCUCGCAGGAGGAGCUACGGAAGACGCUCGUGUUUGACGAGAAGCUCGCGCAGCUGGGUAAGCGCACGCAGGGGAAGAAGUUGGUCAGAUACCAGAUGAACCCGAGAGAGAACUGGGGCCCGAUGACGCGAGCCAAAGGGCAGUGA